AUGGCCACACCCAGUGUGCCGCGCAAGAGGCAGCUCGCGGCGGGAGAUAUCAACUGCCGGGACUGGGGCGAAACAUAUGAGCACGUUGGUGAAUCGACGUGCCAAAAACUGGCCGACCGCUAUGGUAUAACCCUUGGUACCUUUUACGAACUAAAUCCGAUCCUGGAGUCAGAUUGCAAGAAAGUCAGGCCCUACACGCAAUAUUGUCACAGAGGAUUCAUUGAACCAUUGAGGGCGCAUGGCGGAAAGUGUGGCCCUCUAUACAACAAUGCAACUUGCCUUGGCACUGAUAAAGAAUGCUGCAACUCCGAAACUUGGACAUGCGGCGACCGAGAACGAGACUGCACCCCAAGUCUCUGCUACAGAGGUGCCGGCACCUGCUUUCUCCGCGCCGUCGUCUCAACUGACGGCAUUUGUGGCCUGGUCAAGAAUCGGUAUACGCUCCGUGUCUGUGGAGAGUGGGGAAACUGCUGCAAUCUUCAAGGGAAAUGCGGCUCGGGGCCUGACUUUUGCGGCAAAGGUUGUUGA